UUCUUUUACUUUACAUGGCCAACUCCUUACAACCCAAACAGCAACAACAACAAGAACCAGUUUCUUGUCUUAUCCCACACCACUCUCCCUGCUUAAAAUGCGCACCCUCCUCAACUCAAGGCCUCUAACACCUCCACCACCAUUUCUCACGUCAAAUUUCCAUUCUUCUCCUCCGCCUUGCACUCUCUUUCACUACAGCUUUAGACCUAACAAGCGAAUUCAUUUCUUAACUCCUUGUUCUUCUUUAAAGCAAAGAAAGAAACAACCACAGACUCUUAGAAAGACUAAUGCCCCGCAAAGUUUAAGGUGGUUCUUGAAUCCAAAAGGUGAUGAUAGUGAUGAUAAGAUUAAAGGUGAUGGUGGUGAAGCUGAAGAGGGAUUGGAGGGAGACACUGCAUUCAAAGGUACCCUUUUGGCUGGAGUCUUGUUGGUUGGUGUUGUUGGUGGGUUUGGUGCUGUCGGGUAUAUCUAUAAGGAUCAGAUUAAUGCUUUCUUGAACCAGUUUUCUGGGUUUAUUGAAGGUUAUGGACCAGCUGGAUAUGCUUUAUUUGUAGCAGUUUAUGCAGGAUUGGAAAUCCUUGCAAUUCCUGCAAUUCCAUUAACCAUGUCAGCAGGUCUUCUUUUUGGCUCUCUUAUUGGCACCAUUAUUGUCUCCAUAAGUGGAACGGUUGCUGCAAGCAUCGCAUUUCUGAUAGCUAGAUAUUUUGCUCGUGAGCGAAUUCUUAAACUAGUUCAAGGAAAUAAAAAAUUUCUUGCAAUUGACAAAGCAAUUGGGGAAAAUGGGUUCAAAGUUGUCACCCUUCUUCGUUUGAGCCCUUUGCUUCCAUUUUCUCUUGGGAAUUAUUUGUACGGAUUGACAUCUGUUAAGUUCAUCCCCUAUGUCUUGGGAAGUUGGUUGGGGAUGCUUCCAGGAACAUGGGCUUAUGUGAGUGCUGGUGCAUUUGGCCGUGCAAUUAUUCAAGAGGAAUCUGAGAUCGGAUUAGGCGGAGGUAAUGGUGGGCUUUGGACUCUUGGACUGGGAUUAUUGGUCACGGCAAUUGCUGCAACUUAUGUAACACGGCUUGCUAAGGAUGCUGUAAAAGAUAUUGAGUAGUAGAAGUUAGAACACACAAUGGGAGUAGAAAACAAACAAGCCUCACUUUCUUUGUGACCUUAUAACACUGUAAGUAAUUGAAACUGUAAGAAGAUUGGUGCAUCACCAUCUUGUAAAUCCAAGUAUAUAAUUUAAGCCAAGCCAAUCCAAUCCAAUCUACAAGGCAAUUUUAUUUUUUUUUC